AGCUAAAAACGAAAAGCACCUCGUGUUUCAGUCAGUGUAGUCUCCUGACUUUCAGUGAAGAACCUCUGGAGAGUGAGGCUGCGCGGUUCCUCUUCAAACUUCACCUCGCUGUCUGCUCUCCACGUCCCGGUGUUCCGGAAACAAGAAAGCGGCUGGAAGAACCAUGUUUGCCUUCAUGUUUCUCCUCCUCCUUGCUCCACAUGUGUUGUUGUCCUCGGCACAUUUAGCAGAGAUCUCCCCUCAAGAUCCUGUCCUGCAUAUUGGCUCCAGUCUGACGGCCAAGUGCAUGCUGAGCCCUGAGCUUGGCCUCCACGCCAGCAUGCUCUACUGGACGCUGAACGGGAUGUGUCUGUCCAGCAGCACCUACAGCGUGGUGAGCCCUGACAUCCUGAGCGUCACCCUUCACAACCUAAACGGCUCCCAGCAGCAGUCUGGAGACAACCUUGUGUGUCAUUCAGCAGAUGGACACGUCCUGGCUGGUUCUUGUCUCUAUGUGGGCAUGCCCCCGGAAAAACCAGUCAAUAUAACGUGUUGGUCCCGCAACACAAAGGACUUGAGCUGCAAGUGGAGCCCAGGGGGGCGGGGUGAGACCCACAUCCCAACCCAGUACACCCUCAAGUACAAAUUGAGGUGGUACGGGAGAGAGAAGGAGUGUGAAAAUGACAGCACGGGGAAGCAGCGUUACUCCUGCCACAUCCCCCGCAACCUCGCCCUCUUCACUCCGUAUGAGAUCUGGGUGGAGGCAGCCAAUCAGCUGGGCUCUGCCACCUCUGACAUCACCACCCUGGACGUCCUCGAUGUAGUGACUACAGACCCUCCUACCAACGUGCAGGUGAGUCGUGUCGGCGACCUCGAGGACCAGCUGACGGUCCGCUGGGCCAGCACCCCCGAGCUCAAGGACAUCCUGUUUCAGGCCAAAUAUCAGAUACGCUACAGAGUGGAGGACAGCACUGAAUGGAAGGUAGUGGAUGAUGUUGGGAACCAGACGUCAUGUCGGCUGGCAGGCCUCCGGCCCGGCACCGUUUAUUUUGUCCAGGUGAGGUGCAAUCCAGUGGGCAUCUAUGGCUCCAGGAAGGCCGGCAUCUGGAGUGACUGGAGCCACCCAGCUGCUGCCUCCACACCCAACAAUGAGCGGCUGCAGAGCGGCUCCUGUGAUCCUAAGCCCGGUGAGCAGAACUCCACCCUGCGGCGGGAACUCAAGCAAUUCUUCGGCUGGGUCCGCAAGCAUGCGUACGGCUGCAGCGGCAUGUCAAUCAAACUGUACGACCAGUGGAGGGUUUGGCUGCAGAAAUCGCACAAAACGCGCAACCAGGUUCCCAUUGAUUACCUUGAGAGAAAGUAGCUGGGGAGCGACACACACAGAAUAUGAAAGAGAUGAUGCAAAGAAUGACGCAGAGGAAAAGAGAGGACAAGAGAAAAGUGGCAGCCAGACAGAGCAAUUAUCGUGAUUGUAAAUUACAUGGUUUUUCACGCAAAAUUAUCCCAGUAUGAACCAUCUGCUUUUGUCUUUUCAGAUUCUACAAGACGAUAAUUCAUAGCACCAUCACUCAGCACCACUGUGGUGCUUAAUUCAAGAAGAGCAUAAAGAAACACUGACAGAUAACUGGCCCCGAGGGUCCCAGCUGUGUGAGAGGUCCAACGCCCCGCUUGAGGGAUACUGCAGUGUUUGGUCAUACAGCCUUAACUUGAGUUUAAAGGGCCCGAGUGGAGGAUAAUUAAAGUGAGACAAUGCAGCCUUUUUCUGCCAUUUCCGCUGGCCAGAUCUUUCUGUUAGAUGUGUUUGCACAAACACAAGUAUUUAGGCUGUUGAUAACUGAACUUAUAUAGAAAACGUUAUCGGAACAUUUUUUAAUAACUUAAUGUGAGAUAAGCAAGUCUUUAAUGCUACAUUGAUGUCAAAUGGUACUAAAGUAUUACUGAAGCAUCUACAAAAACAAAUUGCUAUGGCAGUAACACAAUGGACUGGGAACAAAAUGCAUAAAACCGUAAUCCUACUUUUCCAGGCCAAGAAACACAAAGUAUUUUUGUGAAGCUGUGGUUUUCUCCAAGAAAAUCUGAAUUUUUCAGUUUUCUAGUGUUGUGGCCUUGUAUAUCUCUAUAUCUAUUACUAUUGGAAAUAACUAGUUCAGGAUUGGACUGCAGUUAUUAUAUGAUAAAAUGUUAUUUUUAUUAUCAAUUAACUGCUGAUCAGUUUCUCAAUGACUGGAUUACUUGAUUUAUCGAUAAAAUGUCAAAAUGAAAUGUGAAACUUGUAAAACAAUAUACCAGUAAUUUGCUAAAGGCCAAGGUGACAUAAUGUUUUCUUUUGUCUUACUGAAACCCAAAGAUAUUCCAUUUACAAUGAUUAUAAAUCAGAGAGAAGUUGACUGUACUGACAAUCGAGGAACUGGAACCAAUGAAUGUUUGGCAUUUUGCAACACAAAAAUAGACUUAAAACAAGUAAUUAUCAAAAUAGUUGGUGAAUAAUUUUCUAUUGACCAACAUAACAUUUUAUUCUCUGCUAGUUCAGUGAAAACUAUAUUUGUAGAAGCAUCUAAAAUGUUGUAUGACAUACCAUUCAUUAAAAUUGUAUCAGUAAUUGAAUACCCAUGAGAUAAUGCCUCACUAUCUGUACAAUGUGUAUACUAUCCUGUGUCUGAGUAGACCAUUUGUUUAUAUUUUUAUAACUGCAUAUUUAAAAAAUGUUUUUUGAGUUAAGUUCUACUCUUUUACUGCACCAGUAAUGCCGCUAAAAAAUGUAUAACAUAUAGAAGAGUAAAAAGUCAAACUUG